AUGUCAGAGUCUGGCUCGAUUCACGCUGUGCCAUACGAAGAAACUGUCGCCGCAGCAGCCCCUUUAGCUGUCAGAUCUGCCUCGUUUCCAACUCCAGUCGAUUACCCACUAUGCCCCGAAAACACAACAUCUGCAGCCAGCAUACCGUCGACAUAUCCCGGAGACCAAUCACGCCCUCUGCUCUCGUCGCAUCAGAACGAGCGCCCACGAACGAAAGACGGAAGGUUCUUACGGCCGGAUGCUGCGAGGUCUGUUGUGAGUUUGCGCUCCCUGCGCGCCGUUCCUAGCAUUGUCGUCAACGACUCUGGAUCUCGUCCAAGCUCGCGGCCGGGCUCGCGCCCAGGUUCUCGCUGGUCCGAACGGAAAUGGAGCGGGUUAUGGGGCAAACGAUCUAUGGAGUUAAAGAGAGAUCCAGACUCACCACCACCUGUGCCCCCGAUAGAAGCCCCCUUCAACGGGCUGUCCUUGGAUAUACCCGAUUCGUCUCUCGAGGAUCUUGGCCCGCAGUCUAUGAGAUUUUCUAAGCGCGGUAGUCUCAUCAAAGAGGAAGCGAGGCAACGAUUAAAACAGCUGGAUCAAAAAGAGAACCUGCAGGACACUCGGGGGUCAAGCGAUAGACCACAAGAGGAGAGAGAACCCCCACAACAAGAAGAAAGCGAGAAGGCUACGGCGCCAACGGAGCAAAAUGGCACCGAAACAGAACUUUUAGAAGCUCCUUCAAGGCGCUCAAAACUGCCACCAUCGCUUCGUGUCAGACGGAGCGCUAUGCCCAGUAGAGUUAUUUCCGCAGAUGAGGAUAUGCUGUCGCGCCGGGUUAGGUUGAUGUAUGAGAAAGGUGAAGAAAAUGUGACGGACUCGGAGGUAGCGAAGGCCAUGGCUAUGGAGAAUGGUGUUCUUUGGGAAGAAGGCGGCCCGACAAGUGAGGAGACUUCUCGCCUUUCAGGUGCCAGUGUGUCUGGUACGGAAACCAAGAGCAUAGUGUCCUCCGUCGGUCCGGAGCCUGCUUCAAUUAUCCAAAAGGAACCCAAUGAGCUAGCUGGUGGGAUUGAAUAUUGGCACAAUAUAAAGGCGGGGGACGUGGAUAGAUAUGGGUUUAUUCGCUCGCCUACUAGCAACUCCAAUGACGGCACGGAACCUAGCCCAAUACAACGGGUUUCUACCAGCCUGCUCCUUGCCUCUGAAAGCCCACGCCGGAAAUACUCUAUUCGACCUCCCUCUGCCCUGGCGAGUAACCGACCAUUUGCGGGUCGGUCUCCGAGCGGAAAGAUCUCGACUCCAUCGAUCCGUCCCUCGUCGUCACAUAGCGCGUAUAGUUCGCCGAUGCGACGGUCAACUUCUCGAUUUCGUCAAGCGACAAACCGUCUUCCCCAUAAUCGUGACCGCCGAUUCAAAGACGAGGCCGCCGACAUGCUUACACAUCCAGUCGAUGCUACCAGAGAAGGGCUAGAUGCAUCUGCUAUGCGUGCAGCUAGGAAGAAAGAGUGGCGAAGAGAAGACAAAUGGACGAAGAUGGCCAGGCCGACCAAGAACAGCAGGGUCGGCGGUGGCAUGUCAUUUGAAUUUGAUACACAGAGCUCUAAGCUUAUAGAGCGGACGUGGAAGGGCAUUCCAGACCGGUGGCGAGCAACUGCCUGGUACGCCUUUCUGGAAACGAGCGCCAAAAGGCGCAGUGACAGUCCUACGGAGCAGGAUCUCAUUGACGCUUACCAUGAAUACCAAUUUGUAUCAUCACCUGAUGACGUACAGAUCGAUAUCGAUGUCCCAAGAACCAUUACUAGCCAUAUUAUGUUUCGUCGACGGUAUCGUGGCGGUCAACGCUUGCUAUUUCGCGUACUUCAUUCGAUGUCCUUAUACUUCCCAGAUACAGGCUACGUACAGGGCAUGGCAGCCCUUGCUGCAACCCUCCUUGCUUACUAUGAUGAAGAACAUGCCUUCAUAAUGCUCGUCCGUCUGUGGCAAUUACGUGGACUGGAGCAGCUCUACCGGUCAGGCUUCGCAGGCCUAAUGGAGGCUCUGGGUGACUUUGAACGAGAGUGGCUGGCGGGAGGCGAGGUUGCCAUGAAACUGAGUGAACUUGGUAUCCCUCCUACUGCGUACGGUACACGUUGGUACUUGACACUCUUCAAUUAUUCCAUUCCGUUCCCGGCCCAACUUCGUGUGUGGGACGUCUUUAUGCUCCUUGGUGAUGCUGAGGAUCUAGCCGGUCCAGGUGCGAAGACGGAGUCCCCCGAUGCGAGUGCCUUCGGGAAGGGCUUGGAUGUGCUCCAUGCGACAUCGGCAGCUCUCAUCGAUGGCAUGCGAGAAAUAAUCCUCGAAUCGGAUUUUGAAAACGCCAUGAAGGUGCUGACCAGCUGGGUUCCGAUAAAGGACGUGGAACUAUUUAUGCGUGUCGCUAAAGCCGAAUGGAAAGUCCACCGUCGGAAAAAGACUCUGGUCUAA